AUGGUAGAUUCAUCAGAAGAUAUAGUAGUAAUAGAUAACGAGCGACUAACAGUCGGGCAUUUAAACAAAAUAAAAGCUUUCGCAGCAAAUGGGACGACUCACUACCCUAUUUCUACGCUAAACGCUCAUUUAUUGAGCGGUUGGAAGUGGAAUACUAUUCUAGGUUAUAAUGCUGCAGUUAAAAAGUUCAUAUUCUUUAAAAACUUAUCAGGAAAUCACAAAUUCAAGUUACCGGCAUCGAGGAAAGACAUAGAAGAUUUUUGUUUUUGGGCGGGUAGAAAUUUAUAUUUAAAUAAUUCCUAUAAAAUAUCGGCCCCAUCGAUUAAGAAGUAUCUAUGUGGACUGAAAGCGUGGCACACUUUCCACAGCGAAGAUUACCCAGAAAUAAGCGACAAAAGAAUCGAGUUACUCAUAAAGGCAUCAUCAAGAAUAGAUGCUACUCUCCCAAAGAAACCGAAGAAGCCACCUAUCUUACUCAAACACCUGAUUUGGUUGGCGAACACGUUAUUCCCCGGUGGCGAUAUAGACAAGACGAUUAUGGACCUGGCGAUCGUUUCGUUUUGGGGUAUGGCGCGUAUUGGAGAAUUUACUUACGACAAAACUUUUGGGGACUUAAAUGCGGAGAAUGCGGUUUUAACCUCAGACGUGAGAUUGGUCAAAUCGGCGAUAGGCGAGAAAGCCAUUAUUACGGUCAGAAAUGCGAAGACAGCGCAACCCGGUGCACCUCAAAUAAUCGUAGUACAUAGUUUAAAAAACAUGCUUUGCCCUGUACUGGCAUUGAAACGAAGACUAGACGAAGCGAAUGGCGAAAACACGUCGCUGUUCGGUUUCUACAGAGAAGGCACUAGGCGACAUUUGACACGAUCCAUAGCUGUAAACCGGAUCCAAUUGGUGCUACGAGCAGGUGGUUUCGAAGGCCUUCUAGGACACUCAUUUCGGGUUGGCGGCGCCUCGUUAAGAUACGCUUUAGGCACUCCCAUAGAAGAAAUUUGUCUUUUAGGCCGGUGGAUCUCAAAUUGCUAUCGCUUAUACAUCCGAGAAUACACGGCGGAAGAUACUGAAGACAGCAAGAAAAUUAUCGCAGAAUUGAAUGACUUGUGGGAAGAGGAUUGA